UUCCCAGUUCAUUUAAAUUACACAUGCUGUUGUUAUAUGACGUAGCCGAUCAAUCAAUAGAUCUGCUUUUGUUUGCGUUCAAUGGCAAGGGAGAAUUUUAUUCUGCUUUUUAAAUAUCGCAAUCCUCUUCGCCCAUAAGACGUAUUUUGAACACGUUGUUGACUUUCGAACGAAUACCUUUGUAUUUUUUACUAUGCAUAAGGAAUGAGUGGUGAUAAGAGUCAUAUCUUUUAAGGCCCGACUUAAAUCGUUCAGGUCCAAUACGUUUACCUGAAAUGAAUGGACUAUAGUCUCACUCAUUUGCCAGGUGUGUGGGAAGUGUGUGGUAUAAUAUUUUGACACUUACAAGUUUUGGAAUUCAAAAUGUCGGAUCUUGAAAGUGGAAUGGAGGAUCGCAAUAAUAGUGAAGAAAGUGUGAUCGAGGAAAAACUGAAGUCGGAUUUUUCUGAGGUGUUAGAUCGAUUAGAUGAAAUUAAGAUCGAUGCUGAUUUAGAAAUGUCAGAAGUGACGAGAACUGAGGAGGAACACGAGGAAGAGGGGUCAGAAACUCUGUCCACGGGGGCUAGUUCUUCCACCUCAGAAGUUACCGGUGACAAAGAAAGUACAGGCAGCGGCCAGGAUGUAUCCCCAGAGAGUAAAACCCCAGAAAAGAGCGUACCAAAACGCCAAUCGUCCGAGAAGGACAAGAAGAAAGGGGAUUCUGUGUUAUCGAAGCUUCGAAAACUUACCAAGUUUGACAAAGCUCCUAAAAGCAAGGCGGUGACGACUCCUGACUCUAAAUUUCUCACUAUACGUGUAGACAAACUACCACAGAUUUUCGUAGCAAAAUAUCUUGGAAAGAAAGAAGUGAAAGGCUUAUUUGGACUUCAUCAUGUGCGAAAACCGGUGGAUGAGCUCGUUAGAGUGGUUAAAGACAGUUUGUUGGCAAAUGAGAAAGUGGAGUUGCCUCUGACUUACGUGGUCAUUUCUGGUCGAGGAAUUGACAUCAGGGAGCACAAGGCCAAUACUGUCAAGGACAAGGUCAAUUAUGGACUCAUACCCAUCGACUUCAUUUCCUACGGUGUCCAAGAUCUAAAGUACUGGAAAGUGUUUACUUUCAUUGUAGUGAAUCAAUUGUCCUCACGGACCAAAGAAAUGGAAUGUCACGCUUAUAUGUGCGAUUCUACAGCAAACUGUCGACGGAUGGCUCUGGCAUUGGGAGUUUCAUUUAAUGUGUACAAAAACAAAUUGGCGACCGAAGGAAAAGCACAUAAUUUUCAGGUGGAAUUGAGACCUCCGGACGAACUUGCCGAUGAGUUUGGAAAGGAUUUCGAAGCUUGAUCAUAACAAUAUUUUUCUAAGGGAAAAUGUUAUUUGUGUUCAACAUUUUUUAAGACUAAGUUGCAAUGAGAGUGUACUAUAAACUUGCCAUUUACUCAUGAAAGUGUCCAAGUAUUUAUUCGAAUUGUUUAAGUCAUUUCUUGUCAUAUAAUAUGAUUGAUAAUUUGGAAUCUAAUACGAAAUUUGUGUCAAACUGAACGAAUCAGUUAGCAUGACCGAGUACUCCCUGAACUGCAAAAGAUGUCCAUGUAUACCGGUAUAUGAGGUACGCACCCGGUUUUGGUUACAAGGUACAACAAUGACGUUGUUGUUGUUUGCGGUUGACACAAUGACCUGUUCAGAUCACCUUAAUUUUAAAGUGUAGGAUCAAGUUACAACUGCAAUUCAUUGUUACAACAAUAGGUACCAUUCAAACGCUAGAAUUUUCUCUCCAGUCCUGUCUAUAAAAGGGCAAAAUCACUGAAGCAAACGGUGUCAAUAUUCAAGUAUUGUAUGUAUAAUUCAUGCCUUUGGCUGUAACAAGAUAAAAUCUUGUGUAUAUGUUACUUUUAUUUAAAAUGCAGUCAUGUACUCUCCUGAUCAUGAGGACAAAUAUUUUUACAUUUAAUCAUAUUUUAUAAAUGGCCAACGACCUAUGUUAUUGCUUUACAUUUUAACUUAUCAGGGACAGGGCUUUUGUUUCUUUUUAUGAUGGAAAUACAUUAUCUACAAGAGAGAAAAUUAUUAUUCUGUUGUU